UCAUGAAGGGUACAGUCUUGAUCUGCUGUUUCCUCUCCCUGCUGCUUUUGCAGGCCACAGCAGAAGAAGGAGAAGAUUUCACCUCCGUCCUCAGAGACAGAUCUCACAUUGAUGAGACGCUGCGACUUGCAGCUGAGGAAAAGGCGGGAGACUAUGCAGCGGCUCUUGAGAGGUUGCGGAAGAUCUACCACACGUCCAUCAAGCCGAUGGAGCAGGCCUACAAGUACAAUGAGCUGAGGCAGCACGAGAUCUCAGCCUACCCCGGACGAACCCUGGGGGACUCAGCCACAGAUGGAGAGAUCACCUCCAAGCCCAUGGUGCUGUUCCUGGGGCCCUGGAGUGUAGGAAAGUCCUCCAUGAUCAAUUACCUCCUAGGCAUGCACGACAGCCCCUAUCAGCUCUACACAGGGGCUGAGCCAACUACCUCUGAGUUCACUGUCAUUAUGCAUGGGGAGAAGAUCCGCUCUGUUGAAGGUAUCGUUAUGGCUGCAGACAGCUCUCGGUCCUUCUCUCCCCUGGAGAAGUUUGGCCAAAACUUCCUGGAAAAACUGAUCGGUAUUGAGAUGCCCCACAAGCUGCUGGAACGUGUGACUUUUGUGGACACGCCGGGAAUCAUUGAGAACCGGAAGCAGCAGGAGAGAGGCUAUCCUUUCAAUGAUGUUUGCCAGUGGUUCAUUGACCGCGCUGACCUGAUCUUCGUGGUCUUCGACCCCACCAAGCUGGACGUUGGCCUGGAGCUGGAGAUGCUCUUCCGGCAGUUGAAGGGUCGCGAAUCCCAGAUCCGCAUCAUCCUAAACAAGGCUGACAACCUGGCCACCCAGGACUUAAUGAGAGUCUACGGAGCGCUCUUUUGGAGCUUGGCUCCCCUCAUCAAUGUAACUGAGCCCCCUCGCGUCUACGUCAGCUCCUUCUGGCCAUAUGACUACGCACCCGACACCAGCCGUGAGCUCUUCAAGCGAGAGGAGAUCUCCCUCCUGGAAGAUCUGAACCAGGUGAUUGAAAACCGCAUGGAGAACAAAAUUGCCUUCAUCCGCCAGCAUGGCAUCCGCGUUCGCAUCCAUGGCCUGCUGGUUGACCGCUACGUCCAGACCUUUAAAGAGAAGAUGAGCUUCUUCAGCGACCCCGAACUAGUUUUCAAGGAGAUUGUGGAUGACCCAGACAAGUUCUACAUUUUCAAAUCCAUCCUAGCCAAGACCAACGUCAGCAAGUUUGACCUGCCCAACCGCGAUGCUUACCGUGACUUCUUUGGCAUCAACCCGGUCACCAAUUUCAAGCCGCUGACGGCUCAGUGCUCCUAUAUGGGAGGCUGUCUGCUGGAUAAGAUUGAGAGGGCAAUCACCAAUGAGCUGCCUGCCCUUCUGAGCAGCAUUAACUCUGGCAAGCAGCCUGGCCUGUCCUCCUGCGAGGCUACUGGCUGUGGUGAGAAGCCAAAGAAUCGCUACCGGAAGAACUGAGGCAAACAAAAUAACUUGAGAGGGGGAAGUAAGAGGAGAAGGGGUCUGGUGUAAGGCCAACCCUGCUUUUGUCAGAACGCCUGUAUUGUUGAGGAGACAGAGGAGCAGAGAUUAGUGUUUGUUUUUUUCCUCAGGAGAGUAUAGGGAGGUACAUUUAGGGAUUGUGGGAAUGAGGCAGAUAGAGGGAGGGAAGGGUCAUUGUUUGAUAAGGCAGCUUAAGGACACAAGUGCUGAAGAAACGAGAACAUGCCACUGAUCACUGAGUUUUGUUGACACACACGCCCUCCUCUCUCCCUCGCACAAUCACAGUGGACUGUCUGGGAUUCGGGGGUUGGGGAAGUAAUGAUGUGAAGAAACACAGAAUGGAAAUAAAAAUAAUAAAAAUUGAAAAUCCUGAGACUGAAAACAGUCAAAUACCAGCUCCCUUGUAUGUGAAUAAAAUGGGAAAAGUGGAAACAGGAGUUGCAAAUUUGUGUUGUAAAACCUUGAGCAUUGCAUUGCAGAAAGUCAAUUCCAUAAGCUUCAGAAGCUUUUUGCAGUAGCCUUUUUGUGGGUGCUAUACAAAGCCAUUGUGUUUGGGUACUCACCCAAACCUUUGGCUUUUGCAAUAGAUUAACAUUAACAUUGCAUGCUAGACAUUAACAGGUGCAUGGAUUUCCGUCAAACAUAAAGUUCAAGUAAUAUUUCCUCAAGUAACUGAAACCUGAACCAACCCUGCCAUGCAACAUAUGAGGCCUUUUUUUCUUAGUUUUAUACGCUCGUCGGUCCUGGUUGUUGACAACCUGUGAAAUGAGCACUGUGAUGGAAGCAGAGGUCAGGGUUCAAGGGUCAGAGUCUUCAGAGCAGGGAGGGUUUGUUCAUUCUGCUUCACUUCUUAACUGAUCUUACUGUUUCUGUUUGCGUCUAUAAAUUUGUCUUUGGCAGAAAUUCAAUACUGUGUUAUGAUUUUUUUUUUGUCCUUGAAUGAUAAGCUUGCCAGCUUUUCUAAGCUGAAUGACCAUAAAAAAAUGACACAUGACGGAUGUGUUUGGACAAUAGCUGUCUUCAGCCAUUUCUUCUGCAGGUUAGAAAGCUAUUUAUUGAUUUUUUCUGUGUACACUUUCCAAAUGGGCAUUGCAAUAGGCUGUGUAUGUGUACUGAAUCAUCCUGCAACACAAUUUUACAAACUGUCACUGCAAGAUUAUGAUUAGCUUGCAAAAAGUGGGCUGCAGGUAAAGAUGAAGUGGAGGACUCGUGAGUUGAUCCCUGACCUCUGUGGAAAGAAGGAAGCCCCGGAUAGGCUGCUAACCUUUACACCCACAAUGGUUUUGCAGUAAUACAUGUCAUAGGUGUGAGUUCUUACGUUAGCCUACCUCAGUGAACUUCUCAGGCGUAUGGCAUGGUAAAAUUGCUACAAAUAGUUUGACAUUUUGAGAAAUAGACUUAUUCCACACUGGAAAAAUUCUUGAAGGGCCCAGUACUCCACCUGGCCAAUAAUUAGGGAGCUUAGAAGUGCAGUAAAGAAGACAUUGUCACCUUUGGAGACACUUAGGCUGAGUGUUCCCCCCUGUUUGCAGUCUUGGCUAAGCUAUGCUGACCAGCUGCAGCCUCAAGCUACAUAUUUACAGCCAUAAAAGUGGAAUCAAUCUACCAAAAUGUCAAACUAUUGCUUUGAAAAAAGAGUCCUGAAUCACAUGGUAAGUGGUAACUACAGCUCCAGAAAGCACCAAUUAAACUCAUGGACAAAUGUACUUCCAGUUCCCUGUCUGUCCUCCCCCACUAACCCCGUCGUAAAGAGUGUUUUCCCUGCUGAAACCUGAAGCAUGACGACAAAGAAAAGAACGCUAACACAAUUAAUCUCACAUCUGCUUCAUUUUCUGUUUUUGGCUUUGAGUGUGUGCUCCACUGGAUGUGUUCAGUAUGGGUACACUGCAGAUCCAGAACAUGCCCACUAGAGAGUGCUGUGUAAAAGUGUAAAAAAAGUUCUACAGACCACUAACGAACACUCAUCAUGGCAGCAGCUUAUAGUGGGGUUCUGGCUUGGGCUAAUGAUGUUGUGUGGUUGUGCUUUUGGUAUAUUUCUGCAUUAGUUAUCUUAAUUUAUUUAUCAGUUAGAUCUGGAAUGGAUGUGUGCCCCGAUAUAGUUUUUGACUCACUUUUUUGUUUGUUUGUUUGUUUUGGUAUAAAAUUUAAAUUAAU